AUGCUUACAACAGCAACAACAACAUCUCCUAAUCGUAUGAUGAACUAUGGUUCUACAGACACCAUUAGUCAUCUGGUCCUGAGACACCCACGUGCUCAUGUUAUCCAAAGUCACGGAGAUGGUUUUGGUUCUUAUGUUGAACGUUUAUUGAAUGUAGCUCACGAAACUCAUCAAGCAUUUCCACAUUUAAUUCAUACAUUAGAAGAUUUGAUUAAUUAUUUUCGAGAAGAACUUGAGCGAACUUAUUCUUCGUAUCAAUUUUCGAUUAUUGCCGGCCAUUCCUUUGAUCAUGAUCAAAUCUAUGCGAAUCCAUCCGCGCUGAUCGAACACAGCGGUAUCAAAAUCCUGAUCGUUUCGACGAUUGGCUGCUCCUAUAAAUGCGUCACAACGACAAGUAACGAUCAGGCAGACUAUCACAAAUCGUUAUCAUGGUAG